UUUGACGAUUUCGGCCAUCAGAAUCCCCCUGUUUUCUUGUAGUGUCGUGGGGUUUAAGUACAAGAUCGAUAGGAGUGAUGGCUAUGACACAUGGAGAUGAAAAAGGGGUUGUGUUACCUCCAAAAGUGGCACGUUAUCAAGUAGUUGUGGUCCCUGUCCCUUUCAAAGGUGUUGAUACCAAAAGGAUCUCUCAAGAGUGUCAAGCUGUUAAAACCGCCUUGCAAGGUGCUGGAGUCCGUGCUUUAGUAGAUGAGCGAGACAACUAUGCUUGUGGCUGGAAGUAUGCAGACUGGGAGAUGAAAGGUGUUCCUUUGAGAAUCGAACUCGGUCCUAGAGAUUUGGAAAAGAAUCAGGUGAGAAUGGUGAGGCGCGACACUGGAGCGAAGAUGGAUGUGUUGAGAGUGGACUUGGUUGAGAAAGUCAAGGAAUUGUUGGAAGUAAUACAGAGAGACCUCUAUGAUGUGGCUAAGAGAAAGCUUGAAGAAUGCAUUCAAAAAGUUGAAACUUGGGAUGAGUUCAAGGAAGCUCUGAGACUGAAGAAGCUGGUUUUAGCUCCAUGGUGUGAUGAAGUUGAAGUGGAGAAUGAUGUGAAAGAGAAUACUAAGGGUGAAAACGAAGCAGGAGCUAAGACUCUAUGUACUCCCUUUGAUCAGCCUGAACUAAGAGAAGACACUCUGUGCUUUGCAUCAGGAAAACCAGCCAAGAAGUGGACCUAUUGGGGAAGAAGUUACUAAGCUAUGUUUAGGAUUCAAUGUCGUCUUUACUACUAACACGGGUUAUUGGGAGAUGAAUUUGUAUAAAAUUUAUGAAUUUUAAAAGUUGAUUGAUUUAAAAAGUUAUGCGGAUUGUGAAAAUUUAUAUAGAUUGACUUAUGAAAUUUGAUCAUAACUUUUUUAAAUUAGUAAAGAUUUUCAUCAAUUUGUAUUACAUUUUAUCCUAUCAUUCUUUUUGUCAAGUAAAUAUAUAUAUAUUUUUUCUAAAUCAUUUGAAUGAUUCUUUAUUUUUUUCUUUUAAAUUUAAAAAAAAAACUAAAAAAUUGGGCAAUUC